AUGGCUGGAAUAAAAGGUUUGGUGAUUUUGGCAUUUGCUGGAUCGAUUGGAAUGACUUUUCUCAUUUUGGCAUGUGCUCUACCUCAAUAUGCGUUGUGGUGGCCAUUCUUUGUCUUACUAUUCUAUCUCCUAGCACCCAUACCCACAUUAAUAGCCAGAAGGUAUAAUGAUGGUUCCGGAUCCAGUAACAAUUGCCUAGAGGCUGCCAUUUUCAUUACCAUGGGAAUCUUAGUCAGUUCAUUUGCAUUGCCUAUUGUACUGGCUCGAGUUCCUGUCAUAGAAUGGGGUGCUUGCUAUUUAACAUUAGCAGGAAACUUUGUGGUGUACGCUACUUUAUUAGGAUUUUUCUUAACAUUUGAUCAAGACGAUUCAGAUUAUAACAUGUGGUAG